GCUCGCUGCUGAGUGACAUUCAGUCCGAUCACCAGGAGCCGAUUGCGACCUGUUGAAGACUGUUUUUAAUUCCUUCAGCUCAGAUUCUAAAGAGAAAAAUAAAACUUUAGAUUAUUUUUCUUUUCUGUCAAAGCAGUUCUUGAAACAUUGAAUACCCUGUAAACUGGUAGAAAUGAUGAAAAACGGACAACACGGUACCAAGGAUCAGAGCGAAGAAGCCGGCAGCAGUACGCCGGCUGCCUCCGCGCGUAGCCCGGAGAAAAGGAAAAGGGUUGUCCGGUUGUGGUGCGAUGGAUGCUACGACAUGGUGCACUACGGUCACUCUAACCAGCUGCGGCAGGCUAAGUCUAUGGGCGAUUACCUUAUUGUCGGGGUGCACACGGACGCGGAGAUUUCCAAACACAAGGGCCCUCCGGUUUUUACUCAGGAAGAGCGCUACAAGAUGGUGCGUGCAAUCAAGUGGGUGGACGAGAUAGUGGAGGGGGCCCCUUAUGUCACAACGCUGGAAACGCUGGAUAAAUACAACUGUGACUUCUGUGUACAUGGAGAUGACAUCACGCUUACAGUGGACGGUAAGGACACGUAUGCGGAGGUGAAGCAGGCUGGGCGAUACAGAGAGUGUAAGCGCACCCAGGGGGUCUCCACCACCGACCUGGUGGGGCGGAUGCUUCUAAUGACCAAAGCCCACCACAGCAACAUGGAUAACACAGAUUACCAGCAGCACACCGACAACUUUGGAAAGGGUGCUACAGCCCACAGCCCAUGGACAGGGGUGUCUCAGUUCCUGCAAACAUCCCAGAAGAUCAUCCAGUUUGCUUCAGCUAAAGAGCCUCAGCCUGGAGACACCAUCAUUUAUGUGGCUGGAGCCUUUGAUCUUUUCCACAUCGGCCACGUUGACUUUCUGGAGAUGGUUUAUAAGCAGGCAGAGAGGGCAUAUGUUAUUGUUGGUCUGCACUUUGAUCAGGAAGUGAAUCGCUACAAGGGGAAAAACUACCCCAUCAUGAACAUCCAUGAGAGAACCCUGAGCGUCCUUGCCUGCCGGUAUGUGUCUGAGGUGGUGAUCGGUGCUCCUUAUGCUGUCGGCAAGGACCUGCUGGACCAUUUUAAGGUGGAUUUAGUGUGUCACGGUAAAACUGAGGUGCUUCCUGAUAAGGACGGGGUGGACCCAUACGCUGAACCCAAGAGGAGGGGGAUUUUUAGAACCAUUGACAGUGGGAACAAUCUCACCACUGAUGACAUCGUCCAAAGGAUCAUUGCAAACAGGCUCCAGUUUGAAGCCAGGAACCAGAAAAAGGAGGCUAAAGAGAUGGCUGUGAUCGAAGCGAUGAAGAGGAGGGAACACCAGCAGCAGGAGGGGCAGCAGGAUGAAGCUGCAGCUCAUUAAUGCGCCCUGGACAGCUUUUAAUCUGGUUCAUUCAUCCAGUCACACUCAGCUUAAAAAAAAAAGGUUGACCCAGCAGAGCCAGACUGAAAGUCCUGGGCCAAA